AUGGAACAUGAACAGAUUAACAUCGAACUAAAAGUGGAGCUUCUGGACUCGUACUUCGGCGACGGACGCGCGUACAUCAUGGGCCCUGAGAAGGACUGCUGGUACCUCUACACUCUGUUGCCACUUGAAGGCACUGUUGAUGCCCUGGAGAAGGAACAGAGCGAAGUGGGGCAACGCGGAGCUUCGGAGCCAGAUCAGACCAUCGAGAUCCUCAUGUCCGAUUUGGACCCAGCUGUGAUGGACAUCUUCACUAGAGCCACCAGCAAGACCGCUGCUGAGGCUACCAGGGAGUCGGGCAUCGAUAAGAUAAUACCCGGGAUGGUGAUCGACGACUUCCUCUUCGAUCCAUGCGGAUACUCUAUGAACGGCGUUGCUAAAGACGGCUGCUACAUGACCAUCCACAUAACGCCGGAGCCGUCAUGCUCGUACGUGUCGUUCGAGUCGAACGUGCCAGCCGCCAACUACGACGAGCUGAUCGCGCGCGUACUCAGCGCCUUCCGGCCGAACAAGUUCGUGCUUACCGUCUUCGCUACGCCGGUAAGCCUCUGCUUAUUAUAGUGCUUCCUGGGCGAG